GGAGGAGUGCGAGGCGCCUGGAUCACACACAGCGCGUCCAGGGCCCGAGGAGAGAGGUACUCGAGCCUCGCCGCGUACUGGGACCCGCUAGUCUUACUUUGUACUCUUCCUGAAGUGUGGUGGUGUGGUGGCCAUGAAGGCGGUGGUGUUGGUGCUGCUGGUGGCCCUCUGGGUUGGGGGCGAGGCCAAGAAGAAGGACGGACAGCAAGAGGAUUUUGAGUUCGUGGAGGAUGGCAAGGACCACGGAGUACCAGGGCAGCGGCGUCUCUGGAUGCUGGACCCCGACAACGCCCUGUGCGGCCUGCUGAGGUGCGGCAGGAAGGAAGUUUGCCUCCUGCAGGACAGAUUCACCGCCGUCUGCGUCAACAAGGCAGAGGUGACCAGCAAUGGGGACAAAAUCAUCCCCAUGAAGGACGCCGCGUCUGGCCCUGACAACGACCUGCCAAAGUCCUGGGAUGCCCUGGACGACUAUGACGACGACGAUGAUGAUGAGGACUACUACGAUGACGAGGACGAGGACGAGGAGUACCUGCUGGAAGACGAGGAUGACGAGGACGACGAUAAGACGCAAUAUGGAACAUUAGUGCACCAGCAGCAGCCACAAACUCCGGAACAGCAACAGCAGCAGCAGCAGCAGCAGCAGCAGCAGCAGCAGACCUCACAGCCGCCACAACAAGCAGGGGCAGGCGAGCCACAGCCACAGCAGCAGCAGCAGCAGCAGAGACUCAACCGACGGCCUUUUGCUGAGAAGCAGUGCCCCGUGUGCCCCGUGGUGCAGCCCGUUUUCCUGUGUGGCUCGGACAACCGCACCUACUCGUCGCUGUGCCGCAUCCACCGCCACAACUGCCUACACAACACCGCCGUCCGCAUGGUGUGCAAGGGAUUCUGUCCAUGCAAAGACGCCAGCCCUCACCUGGCCAAGAAGGAGAGACUUCGUGAACGGAAGGACGCCUACCUCACCAAGCUUCGCGCCACCACCCAGGACGCCACAGGAUCUUCAGCCCAGACCUCCUCCCCGGCAGAGACCUCCAGCAGGGCAGAGGGACGGGAGAACACCACAAGGGGCGGCAGGGGGCAGCAGGGGCGUGGCGGCAGGAGGGAGAAGCACAACAAGGCUGGGGACAAAUACAACAAUAGGGUCAGGAGUCGCUUCAACAAGAACAAGAAGGGAGGCAAAGGAUUCAAGCACGGCAAGGACGCUUACGGGAGACUCGAUAAGUACAAUGCCCAGCGUCGCCCCUGGUCCCACCGUAACAACAACGACGAGAACAAAUACAAGACCUCCAACACGGUGUGGGGUCCCAACGAGUGCACGCAGAAGGCGCUGGAGGCUAUGGGCAACAGGAUGCUGGACUGGUUCUCCGUCAUCAUGGCAGACUCCCGCAGCCGACCCACCGUGGCAAACAAGGCGCCGUCGUGGUGCAAGCCGGAGGUGUCAUGGAUGCUGGGCCACCUGGACAUGGACAGCGAUGGGCGGCUGAGCGUCAAGGAACUGUACCAGCUGGAGCACGAUGACCACGAGCGCUGCAUUAAACCUUUCAUCGACCGCUGCGACUUGGACCGAGACAUCUUCCUGUCGGCCCGGGAGUGGUGUAAGUGCUUCGACAAAUCUGAAAGGCCGUGCGCUGCCCUGCGGAAAGCCAGCAAAGGCCUCCUAGGGGGCUACAUCCCGGAGUGUGACAGCGAGGGGUACUACCAGCCCACGCAGUGCCACACGGGGGCCCAGGUGUGCUGGUGUGUGGACAGGCACGGCGUGGAGUUGCCCGGCACACGAACCCGCAACACGCCCAACUGUGACGCGAUAGUGAACAGCGAGGAGGUGAGCAACUACGUGGACGACGAUGAUGACGACGCCGAGGACGGAGACGACGACCUGGACGUGGUGGAGGGCAGCGCCGACAUGCCCCUGGACAUCUAGAUCCCCUCCCCCCUUGCGCCACGCCGACUGCCUCGCCACACCAUCACCUCAACACACCAUCGCCGCCCCUAGACACGGAGGUAUGACGAGGCGGCCAGUCAGUCCUUGAGGAGCAGCCGGAGGGUGAGGUGCGUGGUCCUCACGGUGGGGGUGCGGCCGCCACCACCUGGACUCCGCCAGUGGCCAGGGCGGCGUCCCCGUCACCCCGAGCCACACCCUGCCUGUAGAUACUCAGUGUCACGAGUCACCCGGCGUGAGGAUGUCCGCCCCAGGACGGGAUCCGCACGCCGCCACGUCAGUAGUCUGGACAGCUGGCGGAGCACUGCUGGCUCACGUCAUCGUUGCCAAGCCCGCACCGCGGAAUGCUCGGCACUGCGUGAGGCGCUGCGGUGCAGGAGGCGUGACUGCCACACAAAGUCCACUUCAUUAUUGGCAGAGGAGCGCGAGGGUGGAUCAGUGGGCCAGCGUCCCGCGCCGCCAGGCCACAGGGUAUCACUCCUCAAUGCACACCACCAACCUACCAAUCAGGGUUAUCGUUUAUGUACCUUUAUUUACUCCAAGUGGAGAGCGUAGCGCGGCGGGCCGGCGAGCACCGCCACUCCCGCCAGGGCAACACCCUCGCCCGAGUCACACUCACACCCUGGCCACGCCCUCGCCCGCCACACCCUGGCACGGGUCACACUCUCCGGAGCUCUUCAGAUUACUGGCGUCAUAUAAAUAUAUACAUAGCGGAGUCGUGGACAGGGCCGACCCGCCGCCCAGCGCGGGGGGCGGCGGCUGACUGCAGCUUCUAACGAGCAGAGUUGUUAGAUUAGUUUCUCGACACUAAAGUUUCACACUUAAGGUUUGAACGUUUGUACUUUUGGUAGAGGUGCCGCGUCUAGACAUUCCCUUACCUGUACUCGAGGCGCUGCGCUAGAAGGCCGCCUCCACUCUGUACAUAAUAUUACUGAGUGAUAAAGCCAUUGUUUAUUUUAGCAAGUUGAGUUUGGUAGAGCGCGAGAGGCAAGCCGCGCCCUUGUCCGAGGCGUGCCUCUCGCCGCGCCGGCCGGCCGCCCCCGCAGGGCGUCCCCCGCCGGGUGUGAGGGUGGGCCGGGCGCCAGACGGCUUCGCUGUUGUCCGCUGGGGCUCUGCUUGCCAGGAUGAGUUACUCCCUCAACCAAAGUCGAUGCAUUUACGUACUGCGAGGAUGAUCUGUAUACUGUAUAUUGCUUCCCGCACCUCAGGCGUCUCGGUGGUGGAGAGGCAGGGCCUGGCAGGCCACACGCGGGGGACCACGCCGGCCCGCGCCAGGGAGCACGCGUCGCCUCCAGCCGCUGACGCAGACGAGGGUGUAGUGUAAGGUCUAGUCAGUCAGCGGCUCAUGCAUGACUCAUGGCGCCGCGGACUUUAGCCACUAAUUCGAAGUUUUGUAAAGCGUCGUGUGUGGUGUCUCGUGAGUGCUGCCGGCGGGGGGCAGUUGUUCAGUGGGCUCCGCGCACCUGUCCGCGGCCCCGUGCUGCCACACCCCACAUCACACCACACCACACUGCCACACCCCACACCACACACUGCCACACCCCUCCACAACAAGCCGAGUGCCACGCCCUUCACACCACACACCCCCGCACCACGCACCAUCACACCACCCCGCACACACGUGACCCACUGAACACUUGCACUCCGGCCGGGCUGUUUAUUUGGGAAACUGGCUUUAGUGUUAAGUUCUCCCCCCCCGCCCCGCCCCGCCCCGCUCCUCGCCCACCUUCCGUGGGCCUCUCAUCCCCCUUGGGUCCUUCCACUUUCGUUGAGACUAAAGUCGUCACUGAGUCACAAAGUCUUCCGGAAAAAGGUCGUCGACUGUGCCAGAAGUGUCCACGUGACCUCAUGACCCCUCCCCGUUAUCUGUCACAUCACUGUCAGUGUUUCCUUCAUUCUCUCAGCCGUUCACAGCCCCGGUCCGCUAGCCAGCCAGCCAGCCAGCCAGCCAGCCAGCCUGUGUCCUGUUGGCAGCCAGUUUCCCUGUUAACUCCAGAAUUCACAAAUCGAUGUCCAUUAGCACUCGAGGUGUCGGUAUGUUAGAUGUAAGACACUUCAAUACUCGUGGCGGACUCUCGCCGAUCACUGUCAACUUUCCUUCUCCCACACUGACCACAACCUUUAUCCACUUUAUCCACGUCCCCCCUCUCUCCCUCCACACCCCUAGUCAGUCACAAGGCCACAACGGCGUCCCCAUCACCCCGCUCACUCCCUCUAGUCAUCACCACCACCACCACCACCACCACCAUCCAGCCCUCCGCCGCCUCUCCCCGCCACCAGCUCCUCACUCACACCAACUAACUAACUCCUCAAAAUUCCUCACGUCAAAAUGAGAUAAGAUGAUAAAGAGAGAAGCCUUCAUCCCUGCACUGGGGUUCCUGAAGGACAGACACACUUCAAUGUAUAACGCCUUCAUUAAUAGUUCUCUCGGAUAUAACUACAUGUAACCAACUAACUGCCUUCCUCUCCCUCUCUCGCCUCAUUCACUGUUCCUCUCUCCUUAGUGUUCCUUCCUUAGUGAGUGUGUGCGUGUCUGGCCUGGAAGAAGAUGAAGAAGAUGAAGAAGAAGAUGGCUUAGAGUCUGCAUCAAUAUUCCUUGUAAAGUUGUUAAUACACUGACCUCUAUACUGCUACCUUCUCUCUCUCUCUCAGACGCCUAGAUUACGUAAAAAGAAAUAAUAAAAAUAAAAUACAAAUAAAAAAUAAAAAUAAAAAUGCAAAAAACGAAUGAAUGGAUAAAUGACUAAAUAAAAUAAAUACUAUGUACGUACAUACUACAUAACAUUAAAAUAAAUAAAAAAGCAUCAUCUGUAUCAUAUAGUUGCAAAGUUAUAUACAGAGUCCAUAUAUAUGUAUAUUCUCCCUCCCUCCCUCCCUCCCUUCUCCCGUCCCCUCCUCCCUCUCCCUCUCACUUUCCCUCUCACUUUCCUUCCUCCCUCCAAUCAUAAAAAAAAAAAGGAUGAUAUUUUAUUUUAACGAUUCAAUGUUUGUGUUCUGCUUACUCCUAUCCCACCUCCUCCUCCUACUCGACCUCUUCAUACUGAUUAACCUUCCUUUCCUCCUCCUCCUCCUCCUCCUCCUCCUCCUCCUCCUCCUAAUCCACAACCCAUUAUCCCCUCCCAGCCCUCUUCCGCCGAGUCCACCCCAGCCCCUCCCCUUCCUACCUCCUUCACCGCCUGCACAGAAUUCCUGCAGCGUAGAGUUCUUGGGUCCUCGCAGCGCCCACACCUACACACGCACACCCACACACCCCCAACACCCACACUAACACCCCCUACACCAUCUACUUUCCUGCCUAUCUCUCUCUCUCUCUCUCUCUCUCUCUCUCUCUCUCUCUCUCUCUCUCUCUCUCUCUCUCUCUCUCUCUCUCUCUCUCUCUCUCUCUGUGGCGGUAUUCUUAUAAAUUUGUAAUAGAGUUCUCCAGCUUCUCAAAUAAUAACAUCAGGCAUCACGCUAAUGUACGGAAGAUUAAUGUGCUAAAGUGUUUAUCUCGUCUCGCCCUAAACGUUUUGAUUGUUGUCUUGAUUUUUUCGUGGAGGUUUGCCGUGAUGUUUCUUACCGAGACCAAUAUGCACCUGCACUUAUUAAGAAAGAGCAUUAGUCCCUUCCCUUAUCCGUGACUUCAUUGUUAUCUUACAUGUAGUGUUUUGGUAAGACACACAUGCACUCGCACACGCACACACACAUAUACCCCGCACCACACCACCACACCACCACACCCUUCACAAACUUUCACCAGCUUCACCACCUCAACAAAUUCCUCACUUCCUUGAUCUUACACCUUCACCAAAACACCACCACCACACCACGCCACACCACCACCACAAACCUCACCACCUCAGCAAACUCCUCAAAAAGCACCUACUUUAAUUACACACUCACCCAAACACACCACCAGACUAACCACUCCCUCACUUCUUCCCCUACGCUCUCACCCCUCCUACACCCCAACACCCACACACCCCAGGGCAGGGCUCGGCGGCCCCAUCCGUGUUGUACAUCACUGCUGCGUCCAGGCUCUUCGGCUGACACUUUUACAGAGGCCAGCUUGUAAAAAAUAACACACAAACCAAA